CAUAUUAACAACUAUGAGUAAAGCACAUCCACCGGAACUCAAGAAAUAUAUGGACAAACGUUUGUCACUCAAAUUGAACGGAAGUCGAACAAUAAAUGGUAUUUUGCGUGGAUUUGAUCCGUUCAUGAAUUUAGUGGUCGACGAAGCGGUCGAAGAGAACCGAAAGGGAGAGAAAAUACCGAUCGGAAUGGUUGUCAUCAGAGGUAAUGCCGUCGUUCUUCUCGAGUCUUUGGAACGAAUUUGAUAUUAUAUAACAACAUAUGUUUUCACUUUAAUUAAUUACAAACUCUUUAAUUCAUCUAUUUUUUUGUUAUUAUAAUUUUUCUUCAAAUAUUAACCAUUAUUUAAA